GUGAGUUAUUUUAUUUUAAUUUAAUUCUGGGGAAUGUUAAACCAGCAAGCAAAGCUAGCUUAGUUGUGGGCAUCCAUGGCCCCCACCUAAAAGAUCUCCUGAAUUUGAUAGAGAGAUUCGUGAAAAUGAAAUUAAGAUUUCUAUUAAAAUAAAUGCACAGCCCGGGGAAUUUAAUGAAGUAAGAAAACCAAUAGAGGAAAGUAGUCAAAAGUCCCAUCCCCCAUUUCUCUUUCCUUCCACUCCCACCAUGUGCUAAACUACGCCCUCCCGUAGCCCAACCUCUUCUUCCAUGGCGCCGAGCUGGCCGCCGCCGCCGCUUCUUCUUGCUCUGCUGCUGGCGGUGCUGGUUCUUCAAUUGGGACUUUCUCUCACAUUGGCUGCUCCUGAUUGCCCCUUGGAUUUAAGCCGGUCUAAUUUCACACUAGCCGCCUCCCUGUGCUCCAAUCCGGCAGAGAGAGGGAGGUGUUGUCGCUACAUCAAUGCCAUGGUAGCUAUCUCCGUCUCCCAAUAUGCAAACACGACGAGUGAAUUGGGGGUGGCUUCAAAUAUGUCCGAUAGCUGCAUUCACGCCAUAUCUAGAACAUUUGAGCUCUACGGGGUAACAAAGAAUGCAACGGUUUUCUGUGGGUUUGGCCCGAAGAUACAUGUAAACUACGAGUGCCAAGGCCGAUCAACUGUCACACAGAUGCUUCAAUCUCCAAAGUUCAAUGAUGUCACUGAGAAUUGCAGAGUGCCUCUCUCGGAGAAUAAAGCUUGCCGGAGGUGCUUGAACUCUGGCAUUCUGUAUCUUCGGAAUCUAUUAGGGCCUACAGAUAAUGUGACAUUGAGCACUUGUAGGGAUGCAACUUUUGCUGCUCUUGCUAGCCAAGUUGGUUAUGUAUCAAGACUCGACUUUGCUGGCUGUUUCUUUGGUGUUCAAGGUCUCAUCACUCCUUCAGGGUCUGCCCCUCCUGUACCCCCGCCCGAGACAUCUCCUCGUUCACCUGAUGCUGCUAGUCCAACUCAGCUUUCACUGAACACAUCUCUGAAGGGGAAUCAUCAUCCUUACCGGCUACCGUUGGUUCUAAGCAUUGGCAUAGCAGUUAUAGCACUUGCUUCGAUCAUUCUUGCAGUAUUGGCUGUCCUGAUCCGCAGGAAAAGCCGAGAGCUGGAGGAUAGUGAUGCAAAUGACGAUAUGCCCCCAAAAGCUGUUGCUCUUUCUGCAAGAAAAUUUCAGGAUGGUCCGUCGGGUAUGUUCAGGAAAUAUAGUUACAGAGAGACGAAGAAAGCCACGAAUAACUUCAACACUGUCAUUGGACAAGGAGGGUUCGGAAUUGUUUACAAAGCAGAGUUUCCGGGUGGUUUAGUCGCAGCAGUGAAGCGGAUGAGCAAAGUGUCGGAGCAGGCAGAAGGCGACUUUUGCAGAGAACUAGAGCUCCUUGCUCGACUACACCAUCGCCAUCUUGUUGCUUUGAGAGGCUUCUGCAUAGAAAGGCACGAAAGGUUUCUGAUGUAUGAAUUCAUGGCAAACGGAAGCUUAAAGGAUCAUCUCCAUGCACAAGGUAGAACCCCCCUAAGCUGGCAGGCGAGAAUUCAGAUCGCCAUCGACGUGGCAAAUGCACUGGAGUACCUCCAUUUUUAUUGUGACCCUCCAUUGUGCCAUAGAGAUGUAAAGUCGAGCAAUAUAUUACUAGAUGAGAACUUUGUGGCCAAGCUUGCUGAUUUCGGCCUCGCACACGCUUCGAAAAACGGCUCGAUUUUCUUUGAACCCGUAAACACCGACAUACGAGGGACACCGGGUUAUUUGGACCCCGAAUACGUAAUAACGCAAGAGCUAACAGAGAAGAGCGAUGUGUACAGUUACGGCAUCGUCUUACUGGAGCUGAUCACGGGAAGGCGAACGAUACAAGACAACAAGAACAUCAUUGAGUGGGCGCAGGCCAUUUUGGAGUCAGAGUCGAGGAUGGACGAGCUCGUGGAUCCAUAUCUGGGCGAUACCUACGACUUCGAUCAGCUUCAGACAGCCAUUGCAAUCGUGCGGUGGUGCACGCAGAGAGAGGGCCGGGGGAGGCCUUCGAUUAAGCAGGUUCUGAGGCUUCUGUACGAGAGCUCGGACCCUAUGCACAGCGGAUUCGUUGAAGCUGUCGAGGAUGAAGAGGGCGAGGGAACGGAGAACCGGGGAAGGAAGAGCAGAGGGAAGCAUGUUUUUUUCAGUGGAGAUAGGAAUCUUGCUUCUUCCUCGAGCACGUCGAGAUCGUACUGCAGCAGGAGCUUCUUGCUGGAGAUGGGCUCCCCGCAGUCGCCUAGCAAUAUGCCGUCCAUCUAAGGAGACGAGUUAGCCUCGUACACGAAGCUCGCGGCUCCGUGACACAGAAGAGAAUGCUAUUUAUGGGAAGUCUCUUGUCUAGAAGAAGAAGGUUUGAGACUCGGAAGGAACAUAAAUCAGCAAAUAUAAAAAUCUAGUUUUUUGGGGAACAUUUCACAAGUAUUAUCAUUGAUUGAUCUUUCUUUUGUAUUUGGUUGUGAUAGGAAAAGUAAAUAGGGUUUUUGGCAAACAAAAAUUUACAUUCAUGUUUGAGGUGAUCUCGUUGCUUUCUGCA